AUGGCAAAAAGAAAAAGUAGACCUUUUACAAGGUCAGGGAAGAUCAGGAAACUAGAUGGUGAAAAGAAGUCGCCUGUAACCCUAAUCGACGAUGACGAUGGGGUUGAUGGACACGAAGGGAGUUCCAGCCAGAUAGUGCUAAACUCAACUCAAACCGCCCGAAACUCUAUGUCUCCAACAGUAUCAGAGCUCCUCCUUAAAGCUAAGGAGAGAGAGGGUGUCCUGAUAAGGAAGAACAAGAAGCUGAAAAAGGAAUUGGACUCUCUUCGCAAACAAGGGGCUGACAAGAUAUGCCAUACCACAACUUCUGACCACACCACUUCAUCUGAGUCAUCAUCUGAGUCCUCUUCCACCAGUAAUUCAUCUUCCUCUUCUUCCUCCAAUUCUUCAUUGUCAUCAGACGAUGAAAGUCAUAAGAAAAGGCGUUACAAAAAAAAGCAUACAAGGAAAGACAAAAGGCAUCGGAAGGAAAAGAAGUCGGCAAAAGCAAGGCAUCGCAAAAAGCACAAGAAGGAACAGAAGUCCGCAAAACCUGAAUGUGGACAAAGAGCUUCCAGUCCAAAAGACAUCGUUGCAAGGUACAAGAAGGUUCUGCGGGCUUACAACCGUGGAAAAAAACUUGGGGAAGCGUGUACCAUUGCUGGUGUUACAGAGCUGACCGUUCGAUCAAAAGCAGCUAUCCCAGAGUUGGCUAUAGCUUCACCAGAAAAAUUUGAGGAGCUUUUGGCAGGCUACAACAAAAGAGGAAAAAUUUCUGAUUUUCUAAGUAAAUGUGAAGACCUUAUUGAGAAUGAUACACAGGUCAGAGCUGAGAUAGCAAAACUCAAAAAUGAGGGCAAUCUCAUACCCUACAUUAAGAGGGAGCCGAAGUAAGCCCCCCGCCAACAACCCUCUUAUGUUUAAGCAGUGUUUAUUCAUGUUGUGUUCAUGUUUACUGUCUGAUUGUCUGAAGAGGCAGCAGAAGUAAGUGCCCCUCGCCCCACCACCCUGUUUUGUUUACGCUGUGGUGUUGCAAUGAAGGAUUGAUAGCCUUUUAAGCUAUUAUGUUUUUUGUUUGAUUUUUAUUUGCUUAUUGCCCUGCUCUGAUGGAUCAGAAGUUUUGAUUUCAAUAAAUAUCUCUUGAUAUUAAA